UCGGUGCGGCUCCAUAUUGGCGCCGGGCACCUGUGGCGGCCGCAGGAGCAGCGCUUCCGCCGGCCUGUGCGGCCCUGGAGGCGACAGGGCAGCCAUGAGUUCUAGCCACCCUGAACCAGGUGCCCGGGAACCCCAGAGUCCCCGUCCACAGCCCCUGUCCCAGAGUUCUUCCAGCUUGCUGUGUGAAGGCCGGGAGCAGAGGCCAGAGCUUCGCAAGAGCGUCAGUAGCACCGUAUGGCGGGCACAGCAGGCUGAAGCCAGUACUGGUCCCCGGACCCUGCAGGAGGAGGGGUGUCAGACGGAGAGCACGGAGCAAGCACAGACCGCAAGCCCUCCGUCCCAGGCUGCUGCUGGAGGCCACUGGAGGAGCAGCACAGUUGGUAAUGUGUCCACGAUGGGCAUCGGUGAUCUGUGUCGCCUACGGGCCCCCAGCGUGGCAGCCGUGCAGAGGAGCCACUCAGACUUGGUCCAUAGUACCCAGACCCGGGGUCAUGGCAGCGUUCAGAAGCCCAGUCUGAGCUGUUCCGCCCUUGGCAUCUCACCUGUCCACAGGGCUCAUCUGCAGCCUGGCGGUGUGGCUGGCCAAGGUGGCCCCACCCCUGCACCCCUGCAAAGUGACUCGUCUCUAGAGGAUGGGACUUCUAAAUCGGCCUGCACGUUGGGGGAGAGUCAGGUGUGGGUGCCAACCAUAGAUCUGGAAGAUACCACUGGUCUCCUCAUUGGUCCCCAGGGUGAGCCCCAAGCUACCGGGCAGCCAUCUACCACUCCCUGCCAUGCUCUGUCCCCAGCAACUCUGCUCUGCACGGUCGGGGAGGCUGUACCUGGUAGCACCUGCCAUGCUCUGCCUGCCAAAGGCAUCCUGGCCUUCCCUAAAUUGGUGGCAUCAGUGAGUGAGUCUGGGUUGCAGGCCCAGUGUGGGAUGAAAUUCCACUGUCAGUUGUCUGGGGGGAUUUCUGGGCGCGCCCACUGCUGUGUCCACCCUUGGGGGCCUACAGGGCUGGCCACAGAGUCUGGCUCCAGGACUAAAGAUGUGUGGACCAUGACCUCGGCCACUGAUUUGGCUCUGGGUGUGGCGUCAGCCCAGGAUGCUGGGGUGCAGGCGGCUCCAGUGGCGGCCUGCAAGGCUGUGGCUACCAGCCCAUCCCUGGAAGCACCCGAGACUCUGAACAUAUUUCCAGAGGUAAUGCUGGGGCCUGGCCUAGAAGAGGCGUCGUCGCCUGUGAGGGAAGUGCGAUGGGAUGCCGAGGGCAUGACGUGGGAGGUGUAUGGAGCCUCCGUGGACCCUGAGGUACUCGGCAUUGCCAUCCAGAAGCACCUGGAAAUGCAGUUCGAGCAGCUGCAGCAGGCCCCAGCCAGUGAGGACAGCCUGUCUACGGAGGGCCGGAGGGGUCCCCUGAGGGCUGUCAUGCAGUCAUUGCGACGUCCCAGCUGCUGUGGCUGCUCUGGAGCUGCUCCGGAAUGAGGAACUGUGACCCCGAAACCGGCCAUGACUCUAGACUCGGUCCUAGGCCAGUGUCAGGCACAGUGAAGACUCCAUGUCACCAGAACCCACCAUCUAACUUGAACACCAGCCUUGCUUGGGCUUGUGGUCCCACUCAGCUGGGCCAUCUUUUAAGGGCUUGAUUCCCAAGAGCUACUUCUCUAUCUAGGCUGGGCUCUGAACUUUGGGACAGGGAUUUUGCACCGCACAGAAGCGAAAUCCUGAUUUCUUUCCUGUAAAAGUAUUUGACCUUUUGUUUAGUCCGUCCCGCAGACCUUUGCUGUCACUCCUCUGGGACUCUCGGUGGUUUGAUUUUUUAAUAGAAUUGCUAGGAACUCAUGAAUUUUGACAUUACACAGGAGGCCCCAGGUGAUGGCGACUGCCCCAGUCUUUAGAGAACUGGCCUUACCAGAGGCCUCCUGCACACUACAUUCUGUGCUCCUUACCUAACCUUGUUGAAGUUCCUCCUUUUUACCCCACUUUCCAGAUGUCACGGCAGAAAGCUAGCUGAUGAGUUCUGAGGUACAGUUCCACAUAGAAUGAAAGGCUUAGAGCCUGGGCUAGCCCAGCCCUGGUGUUGGCCUGUGACACACACUUGGGCCAGCUCAGUGUAGCUAGGGACAGGGAGGACUAACUGAAUGUUCUUUUCUGCCAGGUUCUGGAGUUGUGUGAGGCACAGCCCCUGCCCAUGAGGUGUGGGUACCUGACCAUUACAGAAGGGCUGCUUGUAUCCUUGGAGAGGGUUUCCAGAUCCUGCCCCUGCAAGUCACUGUGCUAGCUCCCUGCUUCAGGAAGUAGAUAACAAGUGCCCACCUGUCCCCAAGUGUAUUGCAGCGCUCAAAAGGGUGCCAUUAUUGCCUGGCUCCAUAGGUUUUUAUGCUAGCUGGUGCCGUUCUUCUGGGAGGAGCCUGGCUUUUGGCGUAGUGGUGCUGGGUUUGGGGCUCCUACCUGGUAGGAAAUGGCUAGAGCUGAGAGGCUCUGAAUGUCAGGGUUAGAUAUGGCCUGUGUAUGUGAGGAAUGCCCUAGCAUGGGCUGGACCGUGGGGACCAGUAGAUUUGAGUGGGGAGAGAGGACACAGAGCCUUUCCCUGCCUGAUUUCAUUACCCAAGGGCUUCAUAAGGCCAGGAGGAUGGGGGUAGGGCAGGAUGCUGAAGGUUCUCGACGCCUGGGCUACAGCUCCUCAAGUCAUGUGAGACAGCUCCAGGGUUAGAUAGACUCAGGCCUGAGUUCCUGUAGGGUUGAAGCUCUAAUAAGUAGGUUGUGCAAGGGGAGGUUCAGGACACUCCUGGGACCCCAGGGACUGAAAGAUGACCUAUCUGCCCCAUAAGCAAGGCCCUCCUGCUGAUGGAGUAGGGAAACUGUAACAGAGGCCUCUGGUUUGGAGCAGAAAUGGCAUGCCAGUGGGUCAAAGAAACAAGGCGAGAAUGGCCGGCUCCAGGAGGAAGGCCUUCUAACAGGGUAGUCUGACUGGUUCUAUUCCUUCCCCAAGGGAGCAAGCACACUCCUUACAAACAUGGCAUGUCUGAAUAUUUGUGUCAUGACGCAAGUGCCUGUGCCCUGGUGUGUGGCACGUGGUCACCUUGU